UGCGUUUCUAAAGUGCAUAAACUUUUGGGAUUGACUGCAUAGCCAAUACAUCCUUAAUGGCUAGUUGCAGACUAAAUUCCUUUAAUCAUUUCAUUGUUUUCAUUACGCAGACACUCAUAGGACAAUCUAGAUUCACUCAGAAGAGUAAUGUAUAUAGAAUAACCUUGCCAUGGUUCAGCACCGGACUUCUUACCAGUGCAGGUCACAAGUGGCACACACGCAGGAAGAUAUUAACGCCUGCAUUUCAUUUUAAUAUGCUUCGGGAAUUUACCGACAUUUUCAUCCAGGAAGGGGAACGGUUGAUCGGGAAACUAAAGAGCGAAGGAAGGCCUGUUGUUAAAGAUCUGAAGAUGUUGAUCAGCGAGCACACUUUGAAUAUUAUUUGUGAAACUGCAAUGGGAACGACCCUUGUUGAUAAAGGAAAAUUUCAAUUCAAAUAUCGCAAAGCCGUGCGCGAUGUGGGAAAUACUAUAGUGUAUAGAUUACUAAGACCAUGGCUGCAAAUCGACUUUGUCUUCUUCCUUACUCGUGUAGGGAUGCUACAGUCUAAACUACUAAAAAUAUUACAUGGCUUUACCAAACAGAUCAUUAAAGAACGUAAGGAGUACCACGACAAGACCAAUGGUCGCUCUCUAGCUGAUUUCAAUGACAAAGCGAAUGAAGAGACUGAUGAUAUAACAUGCACUCUUCGCAAAAAGAGGCUUGCAAUGCUUGAUUUACUUUUAUCAGCUCAUCGACAAAAUCUAAUAGACGACGAAGGCAUUAGAGAAGAAGUCGACACGUUUAUGUUCAGGGGACACGAUACCACGGCAGUAUCCCUUUGUUUCACUAUAAUGCUUUUGGCUGAACAUCCAGAGAUUCAGGAUCGAGCCAGGAUUGAGGUGCAAAAGGUAAUGGAAGCGAGCAACGGAAAGUUAAGUAUGUCCGACCUUCAAAAAUUACCAUAUCUCGAAAUGUGCAUCAAGGAGUCGCUAAGACUUUAUCCAAGCGUGCAUUUCAUAUCUCGUGCUCCAGAAGAGGACGUGAUGUUAAGUAAUUAUCUAGUACCUGCCCACACUACAGUGAACGUGUACAUAUACGAUACUCACAGAGACCCGAAGUUCUGGCCAAAUCCGGACGUCUUCGAUCCGGAACGGUUCACGCCUGAAAAUUCUCAUGGACGACAUCCGUUCUCGUACAUACCUUUCAGCGCCGGUCCAAGGAAUUGUAUCGGCCAAAAAUUCGCCAUGUUGGAACUGAAAGCAACCUUGGCGUAUCUCUUGUUUAAUUUCAUUUUCGAGCCUGUAGAUUAUCUUAAAGACGUCAUUUGUGUACCAGAACUUGUCAUACAAACGAAACAUGCUCUUCGAACUAAGUUCGUUCCGCUGGAGGUUGUCAAACAUUAGAUGAUGAUCAGUACUUGGUACAGGAUUCGUAUUUGGUGGACUUGUUUUAUUUGUAGGGAACACGAUAAAAGAGGCGAGUUAAGUUGACGAUCACUUUUAAUAGAUAAAAUACGAAAACAAUGUACAGAUACAGAAUUUACAUUCCUAGCCGACGAAAGUUCGCUAGAUAAAAUGUUAAUUAUGUAGUAAAAAAUGAAUUAAAAAUAAAGACGAU